AUGAGGGCAUUGUAUUUCUCAUUUGCCAUUCUAUGGCUUUCACAGCUUGUUUCUGCUGCCGGGGAGAUUGAUCUCGUUCCCCUUCCUCGUCACCUAUGGGAUCAUACUAUGCGCAUCGGCAGGCGAGAUGAGACUACCCAGGCCGCUAACGUCACUUUGGUGGAUUACGAGGAAAUGCAGUGGACCAGCCCACCCCAUGAUCCGAAACCAAAAAACGUGUCCUUGGUCUUCUGGACUGGCCAGGACAGGCUCAUCCUUGACAUGGCCAAGUUCGGUUGGGGGUUGAAGGCUGUGAACUGCACUGAGAAUAUGAUGGUCCAAUUUCGGCACAACAUCUCGUUCCAAGCCGCCAAAAAGAGCUGGGACUGGGUGAAUUUCAACGGCAUGCGUUCCUUUGUAAUGAUUGCGGACCACAUCAAAUGCGGAAGAGAGUGGUCACCAGAUCCUUGGCUCGUCAGCAGCGUACGAUUCGACCAGAGCGACUUUACCAUUCACAUGGAAGCCGAGAAGAAGACUUGGAAGUACAUUAUUCAUUCUUACACGUUGGAUUUUGGUGAAGUCGAACAAGCCAGGCGGAAACGUCAGAGCUUCCUAGACUUUGACCUCGAUAAGGCAUUUACGCUUGAUCUGGCUUCGACAUGGCCGAGCAAGAUCAUCCACAAGAAUUGGACGCAUGCUACGUUUGAUGUCAGCUGUGUCGACUGCGGAACAUCUGGUCAACUCGUGUUCUCCGGACACAUUGAGGGCAGCGCUUUCAGUGGUAUUGACAAGUUCAUGAUCAGCGCAACUCCGCGUGGCCUUCAAGCUGCUUUGAACUUGGAAAUCGCCUUUGAAGGAUUGUACAAGUUCGGUAAGGACGCGAAAGAGGAAUUCGAACUUCUCACCAUUCCCUUACCGUCUGGAUGGAGGAUCCCGGGAGUCCUUACGUUUGGACCUAAUGCUAAGGUCCUUGCUGGCUAUGAGCUCGAGAGUGUAGCAGGCUCAGCCACUGUCACCACGGGCAUUGCGGCGAAGAUUCCGGAUGAUUCGCUAGCGAAGGUUGACCUGUUUGGUAAAAAGAAACUAGACGUCCACGGCUGGAUUCCAACGUUUGAAAUUCAGCCACUUCAGCUACAAGCUGAACUGACUGCUACCGGCUCACUCUGGACUAAGGUUGCAGUUGCAGUUAGCCUUGAGGUACUUGUGCCUGACACCGAAUCAGAUGAGAACGGGGUGAACGUAGACGUAAAUCUCCAGUUCCCGAAAGUCACAGUAACAGCUUCCGGCGGAUAUGAUUCCAAUGGUUUCUGUAACGCAGAUCCAUUCGGCGUGUCGCUCGACGUAGACCUCGGAGCCGAGCUUGAGCUGGAAGGCUGGACUGAGAUUGACGGGAAGCGAAAUGUCCUCUUCGAAGUCGAUCUCUACGAAAACGAUCAGCUUUACCAAUUUCCAGUGCUCUGCCUGGGCCUUGGCGAGUCUAACGACGGCACUUGUUCCGUUAUCAUUGAAGAGGAAGACCAGGAAUGGUGGGAUAAUGAGAUUGAUUCGCCUAUUACAGCACUCGCGCGGCUGAGACGCCAGACCGUCCGACGCCGAUCCGCAAUCGCUAAACGUGCACCCAAGCGCGGUUACUAUAUGACAUGCGACAAGAGCUCUCGGCAAUACAAGAUUGAAAUGAAAGACUACUAUGGGCCGGAACACCUCGCCGGCUUAUAUAAUGCAGGAACUAGCGAGGCGCCCAUCUUGCUGCCAGGCGUAGAUCCUUGCGGAGAUGACAAAUCUUCGGACUGCACACAAGACCACUGGAAGAUUGAGGACACCAAAGACAACAGCUUAGUCGAUGGCAAAUACUGGGACGCUGAACAUGUCUACGAGGGUGACUGGGUUAAGUCAUUCCUCAAUCAUCUCCAUGAUAAAUACUUCUCGGAGCAAACUGACGGUUGCAAUGCUCUGGGCAAGAUCUUUAAAAUUGGAGAUAGCACCGGCUAUAUGGACAAACUACUUUCUCAACUAGGAACUACGACCACAUAUGACAAGACCAUGACCGUCUUCACUAAGAAGGAAAACCAGCUCAAGCAUCGGUUCUUUUCAUCAACUACCCAAAUCGAUCGUAUUGCCGAGAGCACAAGUAACACCCAGGUCAAGCUCUGCAGGAUUGGGAGAAUCAUCAAUACUUGCCUGUACAUGAUGCAGACAAAGACGCAAGAAAAUCUUAAGAAUACGCUGACGGGAUACACGGCUGGAGGAACUGCCUACUUAGGAGUCGAUGGCGUCUUCGCUGCCAUGGACGCCGAUACUACGAUCUGGGGGACAUACACUAAACCUACAGACUUUACAACCUGGGCAGGGGAGCACAAGUCGUGGUUCAUCGAUAUGUACCAACUGGGUAUCGGCAAAGCUCAGGCCCAGCUUCAGGACUAUGCGUACCAGCUGGUGCAUUGGGAUGACUUUGAUGACAUGUUUGAUGAGGAGACGAGGAGGCAGUUGGAGGCCAUUUCUAUUGGGGAUAUGGACAAGUGGUGUAAAAAUACCUUAAGUUGGUCUUGAGGGACUCACGGGUGAGUCAGUUGAGGGAAACUGAUUAUCGCGUUUGGCAGAGAGUGUUUUGACUCGGACAUUGGUGGAGCGACUGCUUGAAGUGUUGCAAAUUUAUUUUUGAAAGCAGUUCUUGGCCUUUUUAACUACAGCGAAGGCACAGCCGUAGUCUGACACUCACUUUCGUGAGU